UUACUUCAGCAACUCGCAAAGUAUGGGCGCCACAUUCUCACAGUUCUUCCCUCCCAGCCCUAUUCUGACAGAAGCCAAUCUCUCCAGUCAGCAGGGCAAGGUGUUUAUUGUCACUGGCGGCUCGUCAGGAAUCGGUUACGAACUCUGUAGGAUUCUCUACGAAGCCGGUGGCACUGUAUACCUGGCAGGUCGUUCGGAAUCGAACGCAACAGAUGCUAUUCAGAGGAUCAAAGAGAUUGCUUUGAGCUCUCGUACACCAGGAGAGCUUCGAUUUCUCCAUGUCGCACUCGAUGAUUUGUCCACCAUCAAACCUGCCGUCGAGAAAUUCACUGCCGCCGAAUCACGACUAGAUGUACUGUUCAACAACGCCGGCGUCUCUUGCCCACCAAAAGGCUCCGUAUCAACCCAGGGCCAUGAGCUCCAGCUAGCGACAAACUGCCUCGGGCCGUAUCUACUCACACAACUACUCCUCCCCACCCUCAGAAAGACCGCAAGAGACAGCCCUCCCGCAACAGUGCGCGUAAUCUGGACGUCCUCCAUCGCCGUCGACUUCGGCGCCCCGAAGAACGGACUCGACAUUGCGCGAAUCUCCGACCCACCCAGCAGCCAGCAGGAGAACUACGCGAUCAGCAAGGCCGGGAAUUGGUUUCUCGCGAGCCAGCUUGCAUCGCAGGCCGCAGACGACGGGAUUCUCAGCGUGACUGCGAACCCCGGGAACUUGAAGUCGAACUUGACGCGUCAUCUUCCUAGGGUUGUAACUAUCUUGGCUUAUCCCCUGCUGUAUCAACCUGUCUACGGGGCUUAUACUGAGCUCUGGGCGGGCAUUUCGAGUGAGCUGAGUAUGAAAGAUGGGGGGAAUUACAUCGUGCCGUGGGGACGUGUUCACCCGAACCCGAGGCCUGAUCUGGUGGCGGCUUUGGUAGAUGAAGAAGAUGACGGUACAGGUGUUGCUAGGGCUUUUGCUCAAUGGUGUGAACGGCAGACUGUAGCUUUUGCUUGAUUUCUUAUAAUGCUGGUAGCUAGAACCGUUGUGGAAGAUUCAACAUGGUUCACCUGAGAUAAAACCUGCAGUUCAGCUAAUUUCUCCAUGCACAAUUGGUUUUGUGAAAUUGAAUACCUACUUAGCAGUACCGGC